AUGUAAUCCACUCUAGAAUCUCCAUAAACUGAUAGGUUAAAAGUAUUGACUGAGAAGUGGUCUAAUUUAAAAUAAGGAUUGGAUAAAGAGAAGAAUGACAAAAAAGAAUUAGUAGAAUAGCAUAUCCAAAGAAUAGAAUCGCUUUUGAAUUAAGAAAAACCAAAAGAAGAACAGAAGUUCAAAACCUUAAAAGACCAUUUGUUAAAAUUACAAGAUUAAGUUUAUUAAGAAAAAAAUGAUAGAGAAUAAUUUGAUGAACUAAAAUAAAAGGAUCUUCGUAACUUUGAAGAAUAACUAACUUAGCAAGUGGAAGAGGAAAAAAGUAACAAAAGAAAAUUGGAAUUGUAAUUGUUAAAAUAAAUUGAAGAAAGAUUCAAUAGUCUCAAUUCUAAUUUAUAAUCAAGCAACGGUACAUGCAAAGAAAAAACAAAUAAAUUAUUACAAAGCAUUAACUUAUAAAUGAGUGAAUUGAAAUAUUUAUUAGAAGGAGAAACUUAAAAUAGAGAAGAUUCAUAGAAUAAUUUAAUUGAACAAAUAGAUAAUUAAAUUAAUGCAUUUUAAGACAUAUUACAAGUGGAAAGACAAAUUAGAGAUGAAACCCAAAAGAAAAUAUUUAAUAUGAUAGAAGAUAUACAUUAAAGAAUUCAGACCGAAUUAAAAAGCGAAAAAUAACAAAGGGAAUCUAUGGCAGAUUAACUUUUGAGAUUGCUCGAAGACACAUGUGAAAGAAUUGAUGAAUAGUUUAAUAAUUGA